GUCCCCCAACAAAUUCAACCCAGCCACCAGCCCACCGCCGCCGGGAGCCGCGCCGCCGGGAUCCUCGACCCCUGCCCCGUGAUCGCGCGCGCGCGGGGCGCCGCGGGGUGCUCGAUUCGUGGCCCUAGCGGGGUAGAUCCGGGCGGGGGUGGACCCGCGCCGCGGCGGCGGCGGGAUGGCCGCCACCACCGGCGAGGAGGGCUCCACCGGCGGGGGCGGCGGUUACGAGAAGAUGAAGCUGCUGUGCAGCCUGGGCGGCCGCAUCCUGCCGCGGCCCGGGGACGGCACGCUGCGGUACGCCGGCGGCGACACCCGGAUCGUGUCGGUCCCGCGCGGGGUGGCGCUGCCGGACCUGCUCGCGCGCCUCUCCGACGCCUACGGCGGCGCCACCGGCCCGCACUUCGCGGUCAAGUACCAGCUCCCCGACGAGGGCCUCGACGCGCUCAUCUCCGUCUCCUCCCCCGAGGAUCUCGACAACAUGGUCGAGGAGUACGACAAGCUGGCCGUCGCCAGCCCCAAGCUGCGCGUCUUCAUCUUCCCCGUCUUCGACGCCGCCGCCGGCGGGGACGACGAGGCCGCCGGGUUCGACGCCGGGCUCAGGUACCUCGAGGCCGUCAACGGCAUUGUGCGCAAGGACAGCAUCGCCAGCCUCUCCUCCACGCAGUGCUCCGAUGCCGGCGCCGCCACCCCUGCUGCUACUCCAACUCCUGCCGCGCCGCCUUCCCCGUCCCCCGUCUCCCCCACAUCCACCUGCUCCUACGACGCCGCGAGAUCGGCUUUUACCGCCGCACCUCCACCACCGCAGCAGCAGCAGCCGCUCGUCGACGUCUUCAGCAAUGCCGCUCCCGCGCCUGCCCCCCUCAAGCAGCCGCAGCCGCAGGAGACCGCGCCUGCCCCACAGCCAACCCCGCAUCCGCAGCCGCAUCCGGAGGCGGCGAGGUACAGGCAGCCGCUCUCGCAGCUGCCACCGCUGCCACCCGUGUUCAUGAACGAAGCUAUGCAGGGUAUGAACCAGCCGCCGCCAGACAAUGCGACCUGGUUCCAGGACUGCAAUAUGUGCGUCAAGGCCCUGCCUCACGCUCACUCUGACCCAGUCAUGAAUGACUAUGCUAGCGAUGUGCACGGCGGGGCUGCGCCUGAGCCGAUGCCUGUGUUCAUGAGCCUGCGGCCUGAAGAUGUGGCGAGGAUCAUGAUGGCGGAGCGGCAAGUGCCCGCUCAAAUGGGGGCUUAUGGCUACACACAUAUGCAUCCUGUGCAGCAUGGCGUUACCAACCCGCUGCCCGUCGAUCCAGCUAGCUUUCAUCAGCACGUCUAUGUGCAGCAGCAGCAGCAGCAACAUCAGCAGCAGUUACAACAGCAGCAGCAGCAACAUCAGCAGCAGCAGUUACAACAACAACAGCAGCAGCAGCAAUUGCCACCACAGCAGCAAGUGCCGUCGACUUAUGGAGGAUUUACCCAUGUCCCUGUGAUGGCUAAUGAGAUGGUCUCUCCGAAUUCCGCCCAUUCUGAUAUGGCGAGCUCUCACCAACAAUCUAUGCUGCAUCAACUGCCUUCAGUCCAUGGAAUGGCGCAGUACUUAGUGAGGCCAAGCAAUAAUCCCACUAAUCCGCUGGAAGGCGAAGGCAGUUUAAGUGGCAAUUCGAGGCACCGUGAGGAUGGGCAGGUCCUUCGUGAUAACAUGCCGCCAGUGGCACCUGUGGCUGUGCCAAGCUAUAUGGUGAAUGUGGACAGGAUGAUGGAUUCACUGCGGGUGAGCCCCAACGAGUCCCGCUCGCCUGAGCAAAGGAUGUAUGCUGAGAAUGGUUUACCCCAGAAUGCAACACCAGAGUACCUUCAGAGCAACACCAAUACCUUUUUUGAUGUCAAUGAACCAAAGGUAGCCCCUCCAACUGAACCAGUUCCACUACCUUCUGUGGCCAGUCCUUAUAUGCAGAAUGUCCAGCAUCCCAAUGUUAGCCAUAUGCCACAUAUGGUGAGCAUCGGCGGACCGUACCCCAGCUAUGUCGCCGCUACAAUUGGGCAUGGGGGUCUGCCUCCUUCAGCUUAUGGUGUUGAUCUUGCGUAUGCAAAAGCCACUGUUAACCCGAUAAGUGAGCAGAAGGAUCUUUUGCCUGAAGUUUAUCACAGGGAAGCUCCACAUGAAUCCGUUCCUCCUUCAAAUGUUAAUGCUCAGGUACCAUUACCGACACCAGCAUUGACAAAUCAUGCUCCAAAUGUCGAGCAACUCCAGGAGUCUAGUUUAUCAGGCCAACAGUUCAACAAUGCGCACGCACUUCCACCAAGACCUAAGAGGGUACCAAGCAGGGAGAACAUCAGCUCAAAGGAUACUCAUUCCCAAAAUUCGUUGUUAAAUUGCAAAGGGCCAGAUUUGAAUAUCCCAGCGGAGGAACAAUCAUAUCACAAAGACGCACAUGCUGAACAAGCUCGGUUUGUUAAAGGCGAUGGUAUCACUAAUCCAGACUUACUGGGUAUCGAGGAUGGUCUUGCUGCAUUUGAGCCUCCCCCUCCUUUGCUGAAUGAAGGGGUUGCGGCUGUCACUAAUAAAGUAGAUGGGCAAGCUCACACCAAUGAGGCUACGAAGAGCAAACCAGGAGAUUGGACUUCAGGUCUACCAGUAGAUGAGCAUGGACGCCUGCAGAUUAUAAAGAAUGAUGACCUCGAAGAGCUCCAAGAACUUGGUUCUGGCACUUUUGGAACUGUAUAUCAUGGUAAAUGGAGGGGCUCCGAUGUUGCAAUAAAAAGAAUCAAUGAUAGAUGCUUUGCUGGGAAGCCAUCUGAGCAAGAAAAAAUGCGGCAUGACUUCUGGAAUGAAGCAUCUAACCUUGCAGAUCUACACCACCCCAAUGUCGUGGCCUUUUAUGGUGUUGUUCUAGAUGGACCUGGGGGAUCCAUCGCCACAGUUACAGAAUACAUGGUUAAUGGCUCACUUAGGACGGCAUUGCUGAAAAAUUCCAAGAGCCUCGAUCGACGGAAGAGACUAAUUAUUGCCAUGGAUACAGCUUUUGGAAUGGAGUACUUGCAUAACAAAAACAUAGUGCACUUUGACCUGAAAAGUGACAAUUUACUUGUUAAUUUAAGGGAUCCUCAACGCCCAAUAUGCAAGGUCGGUGAUCUUGGGCUUUCGAAAGUUAAGUGUCAGACCCUCAUCUCUGGUGGUGUGAGGGGAACGCUUCCAUGGAUGGCCCCGGAACUUCUGAAUGGAAGUAGCAGCUUGGUUUCUGAAAAGGUUGACGUCUUCUCUUUUGGGAUUGUUCUGUGGGAACUCCUCACAGGAGAGGAACCGUAUGCAGAUUUACAUUAUGGUGUUAUUAUUGGUGGCAUUGUGAGCAACACUCUGCGGCCGCAGGUGCCCGAGUCAUGCGACCCAGAGUGGAGAUCACUGAUGGAGCAGUGCUGGGCGACAGAACCGUCGGAACGGCCAAGCUUUACCCAGGUUGCUGUCAGGUUGCGCGCCAUGGCCGCAUCCCAGAAGGUGCAGUCCUAGUAGCGGCAUCCGUCGUCGACAAGCUCUUCCCAUAUUCGCGUAUCUAGGAAAAAAGAAAUCCGGUGCUGAUAUAUAUGGCUUCAUUGCGUCGUCCCCUCCCUAGGAUCUAUCUGUUCAUACCCCUUCAUUGUUUCAUAUCUUGUAAUCAUAAGUUCAUCGCCAGCCCCCGCCUGUGUCUAGAAGAAGCAUCGUGAUGGAGACCCCCGUAUUCUUUCAUUUAUACCCCUUUGGCUUUAGAGGCGCGCUUCAAUAAGCUUAGGUCUAUUGUCGGUUAUAGAGAGUCCAUAUUUAUAUUUUUCCUUCUUCCUUUAUUUGUCCCCUCCCCCCUUCUCUGGGUAAUAAUCCAGGUGUUUGGAAGUCGUUGUCGGUCUGUCUGGUCGGUCUGGAUGUGGAACUGGUUUGUAUCUGGGUGGUAAUACAAGUUUUGGGAGACUGAGAGUGAGGUCCAUGCUUGUAACAAGCUCUGCUUGUGUUUUUUGUGUGUUCCUGGUGAUGUUAAUGUAUACCGAAUGGUUCAGUGUCCUUGUAAAAAAAGAUACCAGUUUAUUUGAUUCCCCUGUCAGGCUAUUUUAUCAUUCAGUUUUUCUCA